UCUGAGACGCACUUUCAGGCGCAAUGGCCGCGUGGGGCGAGCGGCUAGCUGGGGUGCGCGGGGUGCUCCUGGACAUCUCGGGAGUGCUCUACGACGGCGGCGAGGGCGGCGGCAAGGCGAUCCCGGGCUCGGUGGAAGCCGUGGCGAGGCUGAAGCAGUCGGGACUGAGGGUUCGAUUCUGCACCAACGAGUCGCAGAAGACGCGGGAGACCCUGGUGCGGCACCUGCGGGCCCUCGGCUUCGACGUCAGCGAGGAGGAGGUGACCGCGCCCGCCCCGGCCGCCCGCCAGCUCCUGCAGGAGCGCGGCCUGCGCCCACACCUGCUCGUCCACGAUGGCAUCCGCUCCGAGUUUGACGGGAUCGACAUGUCCAACCCCAACUGCGUGGUGCUUGGGGACGCGGGGGACGAUUUCUCCUACCGCAACAUGAACGCGGCCUUCCAGGUGCUCAUGGGGCUGCGGGAGCCCCUUCUCAUCUCGCUGGGGACCGGCCGCUACUACAAGGAGACGUCGGGCCUGAUGCUGGACGUGGGGGCCUACAUGAGGGCACUCGAGUACGCCUGUGGCAUCGAUGCCCACGUGGUGGGGAAGCCGUCGCCCGAGUUCUUCCAGCUGGCCCUGCGAGAACUGGGUGUUGGGGCCCACCAGGCCGUCAUGAUCGGGGACGACAUCGUGGGUGACGUGGGCGGGGCCCAGCGCUGCGGCAUGCGGGCCCUGCAGGUGCGCACGGGCAAGUUCAGGCCCAGCGACGAGCAUCACCCGGAGGUGACGGCCGACGGCCACGUGGAUGACCUGGCGGCGGCCGUGGACCUGCUGCUGAAACACGCGGCCCAGUGAGCGGCGGCCCCGCCUGCACCCUGUGCCCCGGCCGGGGGGCUGCCAGGUGCUUCCUGCAAGCCCGCUCCUGGCGCCCGGCCCGUCUGCACACUGAGCCCCACUCGCCGUCCCCUCCCGCAGGCAGAGUC